CUCUGGUCUCUCCAUUCUCUCGACUCUCCUCUCACAGUCUCCACCAUCCUCCUCGCCUCCUAUCUCUGUUGCCGCUCCCACCACUCCCCCGGUUCCCCCAACAGCAACCACAACCACAACCACAACCACCACCGCAGCAAUCACACACCUCGACGCCUGGCUGAAGCUGAACGGCUCGUGCCCAGUUUCCAGGAACUUGCCGCUGCCAACCCCGCUGUCCACGCCGCUCUCGGAGGUCGUUUCACUCUCGCAGUACGCCGCGGAUCGGAGGCGGAGGAGGUGAUAAGAUUUGUUAAAUGGAGGAGUCAGAGAAGAGGAGAGAAAGACUGAAAGCAAUGCGUAUGCAAGCUGCUCAGGCUGAAGUUUCUAAUAAUGUUGAAAGUUCUGGGGUGCCUGGUUGCCUCUCCAAUCCAUUGAUUGAAACCUCAGCGGUGCAGGAGUCAUGCACUCCAAGGUUUGACUUUUACACAGAUCCAAUGGCCGCAUUCUCUGAUAGCAGGAAGAGGAGCAAUGCUGUUAAUCAGAUCAGACCAGAUUCUUUAAAUUCUCCAAGUGCUGGUGGUUCUCCUACCUCACGGUUUUCACCAUCUCAUCCAGUAGGACCAAGGAACCCUGUAAUGAGUCCAUCUCCCGCUCAUCAAAUCCAGGGCAGUUGGCAAUCCAACCAGACAAUGUACGAAGCACAAGGCUUUUCUUACAGCUCUGGUCCCUAUAGAAGCCCAAUAGGAAUGGCCAGUCCUUUUUCAAUGCAUCCACGAACUCCUGAAGCCUGGAAUGGACCCAUGGGGCCAACUAGUUUUUCAUCUAAUCCAUCUAGAGGGGUUCAUCUUCCUAGUCCUGGUUUUGGACCAAGAGGAGGUAGCCAAUGCGUAAAUACUGAGCAAGGCAGGGGUCGAUGGGUCAGCCACAGUCCAAGCCCUGUUUCAGGACAAGGACUUAGUCCUAGCCCUAGACCAGGAAGGGGUGGGGGGCACUGGUAUGGCAGCAGCAUGAGCCCUGGUUCAGGACAAGGGCUUAGUCCUAGCCCUAGACCAGGAAGGGGUGGGGGCCGCUCAUACGGCAGCAGCAUGAGACCUGGUUUAGGAUGGAGUAGUGGACGAGGCCAGGGUUCUCACACUCCACAGGGGGCGGAGCGGUUUUACAAUGAAUCCAUGUUGGAAGACCCAUGGAAGUUUUUGAAACCUGUUCUAUGGAGGAGCGUGGUUGCUCCUGUUAGUAGGUGGAACACCUCUUACUCAUCAAAAUCCUGGACUGGAAAAUCUCAUAGCACAAAAAAAGCAAGAGUUUCAGAAGCUUCAAAUAAGUCAAGUCCUCAACCAAGCUUAGCGGAGUACUUGGCUGCCUCCUUUAAUGAAGCUCUUAAUGAUGCAGCAAAUACAUGACAGUUGCUGGGGGUUCCAUCAUAGCUUCUGCUACACUCAUGGUCCUACUCAGUAGGAUGGCUAACCAGAGAGAGAGAGAAGCAGGAAGACAAAAAGAUGGCUAUCGAUCUCCGGACACCUGAGGGCACCAAAAAGUUUAAUGUGCCUCCUCUUUUGGAUGGUUCAAAGAAAUUGUACUGUUCGCAUAAUUGCAUUCGCAUGGAAUGAUCUGUAAAAUUCAGAGUAAAUUAUCCGGUGGCUGCAAGCAUCUGAUACUCUGUAAACAUAGCAAGUUCAAUAUAAUUAUUUCUUGUAAGUUCGAA